AUUCACUUCAGGUCUCCAUGGGUUACCGCCCAACAGUGUGCAGCUCAGAGCUCAGAGCUCGCGCGAUUCACUACUGCAGAGAAUAACUUUCAGAAAUGGGAGAUUCUGAUUUAAGCAGAUAUGAUUUAUCACGACUGCAGGCGGAACUCGAGCAGGAGAGAGAGGUUAAAGAGAUGUUGGUGGGCUCUGUUUCUGACCUGAGGAGCACUCUGACUGAUCUGGAACAGCGCCUGCACAGCGUGGAGGGAGAAGGGAAUGAAUGGAGAACGAGAUAUGAGACCCAGCUGGAGCUGAAUGGGCAGCUGGAGAGGCAAAUUGGAGUCGUACAGGAGAAACUCGAGGGCCUCAGUGGAAAUCCCAUGGAUCGACUGGCCUCUAUCCGGUCAUAUGAUGAAAUGACAGUGGAUGCUUUAAGACAAAGACUUAAACUUCUGAGCACAGAGAAGACAACCCUUCAGAACCAGCUGCUGGAAUAUCGCCUGAGGAUCGACCAGGAGGGCAAGGCAUACCAGAAGGCUUACGAUGAGAGACGAGCCUAUCUCACAGAGAUUGCAAAGGUGUCUUCUGCCAUUGAUUUGACCAGAAAGCAGCACUUAAAUCCAGAGAAAAGAAGAAUUCAGGGGACUCAGAGGGACUCAGAGGGAAGGAGAGGUCCAGCCAGAGCAGACUUCACACAGAGUCGACUGCCGAGAUUAAAGCGCUGAUGCAGGAGGCCAGGAAACAUUGUGGAUGCUCCUUCAAUGCUGAGAUUGUAAAUGAGGAUGAAAUGUCUUGUCAUCUCGAUCUCAGAGAAAUAUACAGUGGAACAAAA